CCACUACACUCUAUCCGGCUCAUCCACCAACACCUUCAUCGUAAACUAUACACAGAGCCAAUGACGACCAUUUCAGGAGUCAGAGCUCGAUUUCUCAGAAUUUUCUCCAUUCAAAACCCUAGAAAUCUCCAUUAUUCACCACACCGAGCUUUUCCCCGAACCCUAAUCGGCACCUUUUCUGUAAUUUCAAAGAUGGAGCAGAGCAGUGCCGUAUCUAAUGGUGGAGGAUUGAGUGCUGCUAGGGUUUCGACCAUCUCCAACGGCGGAGAAGAUAACCACCGUGCGGUUCAGUUCCAGUUGUCUCCGACUGGUGUGCUCAAGUUUCAGCAGGGGGAUAUCACUCAGUGGUCCGUCGAUGGCUCCUCCGACGCCAUCGUCAAUCCUGCAAAUGAGCAAAUGCUUGGAGGUGGUGGUGCUGAUGGAGCCAUACAUAGAGCUGCUGGUCGAGAACUCCGAGCAGCGUGCUACAAUGUCCCAGAAGUUCAACCUGGGUUGCGCUGCCCUACUGGAGAAGCGAGAAUUACCCCGGGUUUUAGAUUGCCCGCAACACAUGUAAUUCACACUGUUGGUCCCAUAUAUUUUGCUCAUCAAAACCCUGAAGCUGCUCUGAGAAGUGCAUACAGAAACUGUUUACGCAUUGCCAAGGAAAACAACAUCCAAUACAUAGCAUUUACUGCCAUAUCAUGUGGUGUCUACGGAUAUCCUUAUGAUGAAGCUGCCACUGUGGCUAUAACUGCAAUACAGGAGUUUGCCAAUGACUUCAAAGAGGUGCACAUUGUUUUGUUCUCAGAUGAUAUUUAUAAUGUUUGGUUGGACAAAGCAAAGGAAUUGCUACAAAAUUAACCAGUACGAUGGCUCAUCAGUCCGCAGAAGUGUUUCUACCUGUCGACUACUACAUACCAAGCAGCAUAAUGUGCUUUUUUUAUGGAAAUUUCCAAUUGGCAUGUUGAUAUCUUGCGGAGCUAUUGGGGGCAAGAUCGAAUCACAAUGAUCGGAAAAUUUACCGGCAUACAUUAGAGUGUGACCAUAUCCUCUGUUCCCUGCACUGUAAAUAAGGUAACUCAUCAUUUAGCCAUGCAACAGUGAUGUAUGGAAGGGACAGGCACCAGGUUUUGUCAUGCCCCUACCAAUGUCGGAGAUUGGUUGGUGCUGUUUUUAGCUGUCUAUUUGUCCAAUGUGAAUUAUCUUUUUAUAUGUGAAAUGAAACCAUCUUGAAAAG